AUGCUCAACGAAUUGAACGAAGCAGGGAAGAGAAUAGGACUACGAAUAAACAGAAAGAAGACACAGUUCAUGAAGAACGCGCACUGCGAGGACGGAGGAGUACAACUUGAAGGCUCCCAAAUCGUGGAAACUCCGUCAUACGUAUACCUCGGACGUUCUAUGAACAUGGAAAACGACUUGAAGGAAGAACUGAAUAGAAGAAUGAGAACAGCACUGGCAGCAUUCGCAGCCGUCAGGGAAGCUACGGACCAACUGACGGACCAUGAUCUUCGUGCCCAUCUGUUCGACUCGACAGUCCUUCCAGCGCUCUGUUACGCAGCGGAGACGUGGGCAGACACCGCGGCCACGUCUAGGAAGCUACUUACUACCCACAGAGCCCUUGAGAGAUGUCUCCUGAAGUUUAACCGGCGCACACAACACCUUGCCGGUCUUCGUAGCUCCGACUUAAGAGGAAUGUCCCGUCUUCGCGACCCAGCGGAAUAUGUAUCGAAAGCAAAACAUAGAUGGGCCGGUCACAUCAUGAGAAGAAUCGACGAUAGAUGGACUAAAAGAACGCUAGAGUGGAUCCCAAGGGACGCUAAACGCCCCCGAGGGAGACCGCCAACGAGAUGGAGUGACGUGUUCGCUGCACGGAUGGACCAGCUGAGAGCUCAGCUGGAUACGGCUCAAGGACCUCGUCAACGUCACUCACGAAGCUUGAGAACAUCUUGGAUGACAAUGGCGAGGGACGAAACGAGUGGAAGAGAUGCUGGGGCCCGCACGUCGAGUGAAGACGGGCCAUCUAAGUAUCUAAGUAUCUAA